GGCCUACCAAUCCUUCCAAUGUUACGUCAAUAUACUUUUAAGUGAAUUGUUAAUGAAAUAAGUAGGCAACGCAAUUCGAUUUGACUGUCCAGUUUAUUAAAUAUGUCUGGAAGGGGUAAGACCGGUGGGAAGGCCCGAGCAAAGGCAAAGUCCCGUUCAUCGCGAGCCGGUUUGCAGUUUCCCGUUGGACGUGUUCACAGGUUAUUGCGCAAAGGCAACUAUGCAGAGCGCGUUGGUGCUGGAGCCCCUGUGUAUUUGGCUGCUGUACUGGAAUAUCUGACAGCUGAGAUCCUCGAGUUGGCAGGCAACGCAGCCAGGGACAACAAGAAGACGAGAAUCAUCCCCCGUCAUCUCCAGCUGGCUGUCCGCAACGACGAGGAAUUAAACAAGCUUUUAGGUGGUGUUACCAUAGCUCAAGGUGGAGUGUUACCUAAUAUUCAGGCCGUUCUCCUACCAAAGAAGACUGAAAAACCAGCUAAGAGCAAGUAACCAGCAGGGACCCACAAAUCAAAACAAAGGCUUUUGCCUUUCACUGCGUUUUUUCAACGCACUCACUGAAACAGUGGGAUUUGUUGUAAAUGGACAAUGCUUCAUUGUUUCUGUAACGAACACAAUUUCUAACGGAAUUUGGACAAUUAAUUUUAGAUGUAGGCCUACUCUCCAUUCGUAAAACAAGAUGAAUUUGACACUUUUGCCUAUUCUUGGAACUGGACAAAGUAUGGUGGCGCAUUUGAGGGUGGGGUGGAAAAAAACCACGAAGAUAACCGUAUAGGACCAAUUUGGGGUUUCAUAUUUAGUGCCUAUUUAGGCCUUGACCAUAAAGACAUUUUGUGCAAAAUUUAAUGUCAUUUGUUUAUUUCAAUAAAUGUUAUGUCCUGGUAUAGCGCAUGCAAAGGUCA